AGGCCGCGGCGCGCGCGGAGGGCCGGGCGGGACGGAGGCCGGGAGGCCGGGGCGGCAGGCGUGCAGCUCGGAGGGAGGCGGGCGCCCGGAGACGCGGCUGGAGCCCGCGCGGCCGGGCCGCUGUCCCAGGGCAGGGCUGCCCGGCCCCGGCCCCGGGCCGCCCGCGCUCCCCAUGAAAAACCAGCUCCGCGGCCCCCCAGCGCGGGCGCACAUGUCGGCCUCGGGGGCGUCGGCGGCUGGGGGCACCGGGGCAGGGUCGGAGCCCGGUGCGGGGUCCGGGUCUAGCGCGGGCACGGGGGUAGGCGCGGCGACGGGCGCGGGGGCCAUGCCCUGCAAGAGCGCCGAGUGGCUGCAGGAGGAGCUGGAGGCGCGCGGCGGCGCGUCCCUGCUGCUGCUCGACUGCCGGCCGCACGAGCUCUUCGAGUCGUCGCACAUAGAGACGGCCAUCAACCUGGCCAUCCCGGGCCUCAUGCUGCGCCGCCUGCGCAAGGGCAACCUGCCCAUCCGCUCCAUCAUUCCCAACCACGCAGACAAGGAGCGCUUCGCUACGCGCUGCAAGGCGGCCACCGUGCUGCUCUACGACGAGGCCACGGCAGAGUGGCAGCCAGAGCCCGGCGCUCCCGCUUCGGUGCUUGGCCUUCUCUUGCAAAAGCUGCGCGACGACGGCUGCCAGGCCUACUACCUCCAAGGUGGUUUCAACAAGUUCCAAACAGAGUACUCAGAGCACUGCGAGACCAAUGUGGACAGCUCAUCCUCGCCAAGCGGCUCGCCACCCACCUCAGUGCUGGGCCUGGGGGGCCUACGCAUCAGCUCUGACUGCUCGGAUGGUGAGUCGGACCGAGAGCUGCCCAGUAGUGCCACCGAGUCAGAUGGCAGCCCUGUGCCAUCCAGCCAACCGGCCUUCCCCGUCCAAAUCCUGCCCUACCUCUACCUCGGCUGCGCCAAGGACUCCACCAAUCUGGAUGUGCUCGGCAAGUACGGCAUCAAGUAUAUCCUCAACGUCACGCCCAACCUGCCCAAUGCUUUUGAGCACGGGGGCGAGUUCACCUACAAGCAGAUCCCCAUCUCUGACCACUGGAGCCAGAACCUCUCCCAGUUCUUCCCCGAGGCCAUCAGCUUCAUCGAUGAGGCCCGCUCCAAGAAGUGUGGUGUCCUGGUUCACUGCCUGGCAGGCAUCAGCCGCUCAGUGACCGUCACGGUGGCCUACCUGAUGCAGAAGAUGAACCUGUCACUCAAUGACGCCUAUGACUUCGUCAAGAGGAAAAAGUCCAACAUCUCACCCAACUUCAACUUUAUGGGACAGCUGCUGGACUUUGAGCGGACGCUGGGGCUGAGCAGCCCGUGUGACAACCACACCCCCAGCGAGCAGCUCUACUUCUCCACGCCCACCAACCACAACUUGUUCCCACUCAACACGCUUGAGUCCACGUGAGGCUGGGGGCACAGGGGCAGGGAGCCAGGCCCUCCACAGGGCCUGCCAGGAGGGCCCACACCUGUUGCCUCUGGCCUGGGGAACCCGGACAUCUCCUGUGCCCAGAGGCCCGAGCUGAUGGGUGGCUGAGCUUCCCUCAUGAUCCGGGGAGGGGGCAGCCCACAGCAAGGCCUCCCCUGGCAGGACUUUCUGGACGGGCCCUCGGCUCUCAGGCACAGGGCUUUGGGAGUCCAGCUGGGGCUCGUUCCUGUCCCAGGACACUCCUUUCUGCUGACAGCCCAGACAGUUUGGCUCUGUUUUUAAAGACGCAUCCAUGGACUUGAGAUUACCUUUUACUUUUGGCAGGUAAAUCCGAGCUCCCUGGAGCACAGAGAGUGUUCAAGCUCUUCUUGAUUUUUCUUUUUUUAAUGAAAAGUGUUAUUUUCAGGCUCCAUGCAACAGUGGAUUGUAUAAACCAGUAUUUCAUCCCUUUCUUGAUCCUACUGAGAGAGAGAAGUGUUCUCAGUUUUGUUUUUCUAUUUCCAAAAGCAAUUCUUGGGUUUUUGUUUUUAAUGGAAAAGACAAACCCCGUGUUGAUCUUGACCAAAUGCGUUUUGCACACGUGUGAAGCCUCCGUUUCUGCAGUGGCCCUUCUUAAAGAGGUGGCUCUGCUCUCCCUGCGUCGGACUCCCAGUCGUGCCCUCACCUCCCACCUUGGCCCAGCCCGACUUGGCACUGCACUUACCUGCAAUGACUGCCGCAAGUUGUGAGUGGCGGGCUGGACGGGUGGCCUUUGCAUUCUCUGCCCUCUCGUGGUCCCUGCAGAUGGCCUGAGGCAGGAGAUGGGGGCCAGCAUGGUCCUGCUGGAGGUGGGGCCACGGGAGACUGCCAAGCAGUAGCAUUAGCCCUCUGGGUUCAGCCUCGAAGCAGGCCUGGGCCCUGGGCCCUUUUCUAUACGUACCCACUACUUCUGUCUCUUUCUCUGUUUGUAGCUGAGAGUGGAGGCCCCGCGGCUGGGGCAGUGUAGGUGGUGGGGCCCAGCCCUGCCUCCCAAGUCUCCUCCUUACCCUGGCCGUUGCAUUGGUUCAGCUGCCACUCCCAGCCCCCUUGUCCCUUGGAAGCCUGCCCUGUGCUCAUCUUGUCCACACCUCCUACUGAGAAACUUGCAGCCAUUUCAAUCCCAGGGCAGGGGGAUGGCGAGGAUGGACAAGGAAAGGGUUGUGAGGCUCUGUCCACCCCCUACCCUUUGUCCACAGAACAAAGCCACGGAUUCCGUUAGCCGCCUCCAGUUCUGUUCCUUCUCCAGCCUCUGUUCUCCCAGGUGUCAGGACUGCAUGGGGGCCCGGGAGGGGUGAGGGGGUUGGCUGGGGUCCCUGAGCGAGCCAGCACUCAGCGUGUGAGCGAGGCCACGGAAACUCCGCCCCCACCGCAUCUUACCUCACAGGGGUGGCUUUCAGGGAUUCUUUAAGGCAGCAGAUGAAAAUCUUGCCACAGCCGAGAAAUUGACAAAAAGCUUCCAUGCUGUACAUGGUUCUCUUUCUCUCUCUUUUUUAUCUUUGAAAAGAAAAACCCAGAAAGAUGCAUCAGAUUUGUGUAAAUGAGGGUAUGCCAAAAGGGUGGCCAGUUUUGCUUUAUGAUCUUAUGAAGGAAAAUUUGUGACCCUACAUAUAUAUACACAUACAUACAUAUAUAUAUAUCCCGAACCAGCAACGGGACUUUGUUUAUAUUGCAAAUAAAUAUUAUUUUUUCUUUAAAA